GAAAGAUCCGAUGUGUUAUUCAGUUCUUCUUGAACAUCCGAUCAGACUUCGCUUGUAUAUCGUAAAAAACGAACUCGAAAAAUAAAUAAUAAACCAUGAAGACUAUCGCAGUUAUCUUUGCUUUCUGCCUCGUCGGUGCUUUGGCACUCACUGAGGAACAAAAAGCCAAACUGACCCAAUACAAGACUGCUUGUAUCACCGAAACCGGAGUUGACACACAGGUGGUAGAAAAUGCGAAAUCCGGUAACUUUGCUGAGAAUGACGAUAAAUUGGCCUGCUUCUCCUCUUGCAUGUUGAAGAAGAUCGGCAUCAUGAGUGAGGACGGUACCGUGAACUUUGAUGUUGCCAGACAAAGGGCUCCCGCCAACGUUCCCAAGGAUCAGGUUGAGAGUGUCAUCACCAAGUGCAAAGACAGCGCCACUGGACCAACUGACUGUAAAAAAGCAGCCAAUUUGGUGAAAUGUUUCGUGGACAACAAAUCCUUCAACGUACUUAACUCAAUUUCAUCCGGAGAAACCAUGAAGACUAUUGUUAUUCUUCUUACUAUUUACUUACAUUUGACCUGUUCAUGGGCAUGGCUGUCCAGCGAAGAUCAGGAAAACAUAAAAAAAUUUAGUGCAAGUUGCUCACAAGAGCUUGGGACUACCAUCGGAGAACUGCAGCUAGCUUUGCUUGGCGAGGGUCAAGGACCCGAAGACAGACUUAGAUGUUUUACAGCCUGUCUCCUGAAAAAAAUGAAUGUUAUGAACGAAAAUGGAAAAUGGAAUGAAGAAGUUAUCAGACAAAAAGCACCAAAGGAUAUGCCAAAAGACGAAGUCGAGGCGACUAUUCAGAGAUGCACCAAUACAUGUGGAAAAGAUGAUUGCGAAAAAGCAGCUAACUUUAUGAAAUGCAUCGUAAAAACCGUCGUUAGCAAAGAAUGAAAUUAGAUCUUGACAUCAAUAAUAUAUGGAAUAGAUGUGUUAAUUAAUCAGAAAAA